AUGUCGAUGCAACGAGACUUCGCUCACUCGCUUCAGCUGGAUGACAUGCAGACCGUUCGUGCUGCCAUCAACUCCUUCAACGGUGUCAUGACCAAGAUGAUGAUGUUGAUGAAGGAGCUUGGGACUGCGCUCGAACAGGUGAGCCACUCAUUCGAUGCACUCACUUCGCUCAGCUUUACCAGCGACGAGAUCAAGCAGUACGUGCACCACUUUGGCGAAGAGGUCAUCAGCAUGAAGGAAGGGAUCGCCUUUCGUAAUUACAACAACUUUGUACAUGAGGAGGUGCAGCUCCCGGUCGAGCAGCUGAAGAAAUCGCUGAAGGAGGCGGAGAAGGCGGCCAAGGCGGAGAAGAACGCCUUCGAGAAGUACAUGAAGGCAAAGCAGUGCGUGGAUAAGCAGGAGAAGGCGUUUGCGGUGAAGAGCAAACCCCUCGACGCAAGUAAGUCCUAUUCCACGCAUGUGCAGGAACGGAACAAGGCGCUGGCUUCGCUGCAGAGCCGCAAAAAGGAAUUUGAGGAUAGCUUUGUAACGUUGACGAACGAAGUGGAGGAUGUGACGGCGAAGGCACUCAGGCGCUACCUCGAGCUGAACGCCACAUACAUGACGUCUAUCGUGGACGCGCUCACCAGGACGGACCCUGCCAUCGAGGAGGCUGUUGUCUUCUACUGUCAAGAGCAGCAGGAGCAUCAGCAGAGCACUGUCGCACAGCGCUGCUUGAAGGUAAAUUCGGAGCUGGGCACCGCUCACGUCCCACAGGGGUACCGGCUCGACCCGAACGGGAUGAAUGGUGGUCUCCAUGAUGGCAGAAAGAAGUAUCUAAAUAGCUUUAUGGAACAGCACACGCUCUCGAAUACGCCGUCACCGGGUCAAGAGCCCCGUUGUCAGAUGUCCUCGUCGGCAGUGCCGGCCACGACGGUAGCGGCGCCUUGGAAUUGCCGGGGCCCAUCAGCAGUGGCAAACCGGAAGGCCUUGAAGCCUACCGCGGAAGCAGCGACCGUCACAACGGCCGCCGUCAUUCCCGCACCUCCAUCAGCCGUCGAGGACAACGCUGACAACGAAGACUUUGGCUCUAUCUCCCAGGCGGGCACCGCUGGCAAGGAGGCACCGCCGCUGUACACCUUUAGUCGUGGCCCGCAGUCGGUGGUGUCCUCGGCAUCACCGCCGCCCGGCUACAUAGCCUCUCACAAUGCUGCCCUGACGACCGAAUUCAUGACUCGCAUGGAGGCGAAGAGCAGUGCAGCCUCUGAGGUGUGCCCCCCUCGCUAG